AUGUCCUUUAGACUUCCUGAGAACGGCGUGCUUCCUUGGUUUGAGAUCACGGUGGGUGAACCCCAAAAGGUUGGGGAUGUGAUCAAUCCUCAUAUUGUUUAUAAGGUUCAUGUCAAGACAAAUUCAACAGCAUUCAAAUCAAACGACUUCACAGUGCAAAGGAGAUAUAAAGACUUUUUAUGGCUCUACAACCAAUUAACGACUCAUAAUCCUGGAGUGAUUGUACCGCCAGUCUCAGAGAAACAUGCCAUUGGACGAUUUCAGAACGAGUUUGUAGAAAGCCGUAGAAUUGCAUUAGAAAGGUGUUUACGGAAGAUGACGGCACAUCCCAUGCUUUAUGGCGAUCCAGACUUGAAGCUCUUCUUGGAGAGUGAUAGUCUCUUUGCGGAGAUCAAAGAAAAGCGCCAAGAUAGCUCAAAGGGAUUCAUGACAAAGUUUGGGGAGACUCUUUCAAGUGCCACUACAUUCACAAAAGUGCAUGAAACAGAUGAGUGGUUUGAGUCACGCCGUAAUCAGCUAGAAGUACUUGAUAGCCAGCUCAAGUCGUUAUUAAAGGCGAUUGAAGCCAUCAUCAAGCAGCGCAAGGAUCUUGGAGCUUCAUCUGCAGAGUUCGGUGAGAGUAUUGUGUCAUUAGCUAGUACCGAACUAAACAAGCCGCUGGCUAACUCGCUUCUCGUCCUUGGUAACCUCAAGAUUCGAAUCAAGGAGCUUCAUGAGAAGCAAGCUAAUAUGGACGUGUUAACUUUGGAACAUACAGUGGAUGAAUAUAUUCGUACGAUCGGGUCUAUCAAGAUUGCAUUCAUGGCUCGUGCCAAAUUCAAUCAAAAUAUGGUGCAGGCCCAGAAUGACCUUUCGAAAAGGAAGGCUAAUUUCGAGAAAAUGAGCCAACCUAGCCGCAAGACCAAGCCUGAACGUCUCCAGCAGCUGCAACAAGAGAUUGCAGAGGCAGAGCAACGUGUGGAUUCAACCAAAAAGGAGUUUGAAGAGAUCUCUAGUUUGAUCCGACAAGAGUUUGAUCGGUUUGAUCGUGAGAAAGUUGAGGAUUUCAAACAGAGUGUGGAAGCAUUUCUGGCAAGCAUGGUCAAGCAUCAGCGCGAGAUUGUGGGGCUGUGGGAAAACUAUUUCAAAGCGCUCAACGGAGCUACUGAAGAACACAACCAAGCACAACAGCAAAGCCAGAAUCUUGGCGCAUCAAAAGCACAGACCUCAUCGCAGGGCGAUCUAUCACCUGCCACAGGAGCAGCGGUGGAUACCGCACCUCAGUCUGCCGUUGACAAUUCGUACACUCGGGAAGACCAUGGCAUCCGGACAAAUCAGCCGAAUGAUGUUCUUUCAGCAAAUGCAUGGAGCAGCUAG